UUGUAGGAGCAGUACAGAGGUAUUCAUACUUCCUCUACCUCAUUUUUCCCAUUCGCGAUGCCGUCAAAUCAAUUCCCCAGUCGCUCCCUGACACGCCCGAGGCAUAAAGCCGGUACCUUCAUCUCCGCCUCCUCCCUCGUCCUACGGGCCGGCCGUGUCCUGACUAUCUUCUCCUCGAUCUUCCUCUUUUUCUCACUUCUCUUCACCGUUCGAUCAACCUCACAAGACGAAGUCUUCUUGGGAGGCUCUGGGAGAUUGACAAAGUAUGCUGGAAUGGUCAGCGAUCGAGUGCGAGGAGGGAAAGGCUGCGUGCCCAUCUCGCAACCUGGCUGGCUAAGCAUCGAUGCAAAGACGGAGCUGCCGGUGUGGAAUACCUUUGAUCAGACAGACAGCGCUUGUGCUACCUCGAGGCUUGUGGCGGAUCUCCAUGCGCACGCCUUCGAUGCCAGCAACGUACUUUCGGGUGCGGAUCAUCUGAAGAACAAGACGGUCCUGAUCAUUAGCGACUUGGAGCCUACCAGACGGCGAUUGAUGGGACUGUGCGAUAUCCUCGGCGGUACACGAGGUGCUGUAGAUGCCGCCCAUCCGUGGGGAAGGGCUCUGAAGCAUCCAGGAAGAGGCGACGGCCUCACAUUGGGGACGUACUGUUACCUGCCCUCGCAAGACCUACUCCUGCAUCAGUUCCCACACGGUGGUCUCACAAGCGCCAGCUCUCUCGAAUUCACAGUCAAGAGUGUUCUUCCGCCCUUCUUGAGCUCGCUUGCCUCUCAGUCACCCUUGGAAACGUCUCCGCUCAUCCCGCCGCCACGUAAAUCGGCCUUGCCCGACCUGACAGUCUGGUCCUCGUACGAGGCUGACGUGCGCGGCUGGAUCAGAGCGGACGCUGCGCAACCAGCUGCCGCGAACGCUAUCGAUGCCGGAGGCGUCAAGCUCGCUGCCGAGAGGCUGAACAGGUGGAGGGAGUCGAAUGUGCGUAUUCUCAAGGCGCUGGACGGUGUUCUCUCCUCGCUGGGCAAUUCAAGGAAUAAAGGCAGGGCGCUGUGGCAGAGUGGAGGUUACGGGGAUGUGGAUAUCGACCGCCUUGCCAGUAGUGGCAGCAGUAGCGACAUCCAGCCGCUCCCAGCGCUAUCAGCCGCUCUUCACUCCCUUCUGCAGCAGUCAGGCACUACCCUAGCCCGUCUCUCCUCCUUCCACGGAGAACUCGAGUGGAAGCGCAUCUCCGAGCAAUUGAGCUUCCCUGCUUCUGGCCCAGCUGCAACACUCAGCGAGGGACCAGCAGCAGCUGCACCGGGAGCCGGAGCCGGAGCUGCUGAUACGGAAGCGUUACAACUUGCUCGUGUGACGAGCGAGAGGCGAAAGAGGGAGAGCGCUCUAUGGGGCGAAAUGAUCUUGGGAGCUCUGAAGGGCUGAGGGGCGCUGGUCCAGAGAGAGAAAGAGGGGAAGAGAGUCAUAAUGCGGGACCAUAUGUCUCUCAGCAUAACAGCAUCGAUAGGAGGACAGCACAGUCCAGCGCAGCUGCCACACAAAACAACAUUUCCGCUCAUAACAUCACUACCAAAGCAUCCUGUAAGCAUCGGAGAGCCUCAUCUAUGGUAUUCCAUGACCUACCCAAGCUCACUUCUCUGCAACAAUUGGGCUGACCAGAGUGCCGACGCCGUGACUGAUCUCCACACGGAACUCAUCGCCGUCCUUCAUCGUUGUCCUCGGGCUCAUGCUCCAGCCUACACCUGCGGG